AUGGGGGUGAAAAAAAAACAGGAGAAGGAAAAUUAUAAUUUUGACCCUCAACAAAUAGCUGUAGUAAUAGGCACAGGGUGGGUGAGUCAACUUAACAUCACGGAAGUGUCCAAAACUAAUGACCCAAAUGCGAAGCUUAUUCUGUACAACAACAUAAAGCAAGCUUACAUUUUACCCGAAAGUAACAUAAAGUCUCUACACCUUGAGGUAUUAAAUCAUGCUGACAUUUACAAAAAAGAGCCGGAGUUUUUUUACAAAGAAGUAAGAGAUACUUUGAGCCUUGAAGAUGGCAAUGUUGAUAUAAGUAUAUCAUUAGGAUCCGCUGGAAAAAUUCUUCGUAAAGUUGAUUUUAGUGAUUUGUCAAAGAGAUCAUACAUUGAUUACAAUGUAACUUAUAUAACAAUAGUUAACAUUACCUAUCCCGGUGAAAAGAGUAUCGAACAAGUCCAUCAACAGUAUCCUGAAUUGACUAAAAUCCAGAUGCCGCUAUUAGGAAAUGAUGUUUCUGGUUUAAUACCUCUUAAAGAGGAAAGUUAUAAUUUUGACAAUCACAAUGUCAGUCUAAUAAUAGGUACAGACUGGGUAAGCCGACUUGAUAUUACGGAAGUGUCCAAAGUUAAUGAACCAAAUGCGAAGCUUAUUCUAUACUACAAUGUGACACAAAAUUUCCUCUUUUUCGGCUCCAAACCAAGGAAUCUACAUCUUGAGGCAAUAGAUUAUGCCGAUGUUUACAGCAAAGAAGAAGAUUAUUUCAGAAAUGUAGUAAGAGAUAGUUUUACUAUUGAAGAUGGCACUGUUGAAGUCGGUAUAAAGCUAGGAUCUUAUGGAGAAAUGCUUCGCAACGUCAAUUUUACUGAUUUAAAAAAAGUAUCGUACAUUGGUUACAACGUAUCUUAUAUAACAGAAGUUAAUAUCACCUAUCCUUAUGAGAAAAGUAUUGAGGAAAUCCAUCAACAAUAUCCUGAAUUAAUUAACAUCCAGAUGCCGCUAUUAGGAAAUGCUUUUUCAGAACGAAUACCUCUUGGAAAUGGUACAGGAAAUGGUAUUACAACCUGCAAAUAUAGAAUCUGUACAUCGGAUAUAAAGCCUAUAAGAAAAAUGGAUACCUACUACCUUUUUGAUAACGUAACUGUUACCAAUAGUUUAGAAGCUACUGUCAAAACAUUGGGUUUUAUCGCUAAUAAUUUACAAAUUAGUACUGAACAAGAUGAAUUCUCUAUAUUUACUAUGCUUGAUUGGACUAGCUUCAUCUGUGUUUUCAUUUCCUACUGUAAGUGUUCUAAACUUGAUAUAUUAUUAAAAUUUCUGUUUGAAAAAUCUUUAGAACCUUUAGUAGAAGAACAUAAAUAUCUAGCUUUAGAAAUUACUUGUUGA